UUGGACAUCCUUCAUUUGCGUUGGAUGUUCAGAUAGCCACCUUCGGGUUCCCACACUCUUUUGAUCGUUUUGCCAGUCACUCCUUUGCAGCAGGCAUACUACCCAACUUCAUCACGCUCUCUAUUUUGCCUUCGCUAUAUUUUGAUACCCUUCUUUCCCAAGAAAUAGCUCCUUCAACACCAUGAAGUUCUCCAUCCCCGCAAUCCUCGGCCUCGUCAUGGGCGCGAGCGCCAGCGCCGUGGCCCCGCGCGCCGCCGUCGAGGCCCGCUCGCUCGAGGUCGUGGUGCGCGUCAUGACCAGCGUCUACGAGCACAUGGGCCGCCUGGACGACGCCAUCACCAAGUUCCAGGGCGUCCAGGACAUUCCGGGGCUCAGACUGCGCGGCGGUGAGAUGGUGGCGGCCGUCAAGAGCGCCGACGCCGAGGUGCUCGGCAUGACGCCCGUCACGCUCCAGGAGGCCCACGAGUUCCAGCCCCUGAGCGACAAGCUCAACGCUAUGGGCGAGAAGCUGCUCGGCCACGUGGUCGACAAGAUCCCCACGUUCGGCCAGGUCGGCGUCUGCUCCCACGCCGAGCAGAUGAUCAGCGAUAUCGGAGCCGGUGUCGUCAAGCUGAUGGGCGACGUGGCCGCCAAGUUCCCGACCGACGGUCAGGGCAAGAGCAACCAAGGCAUCAUCCAGCACUUCACCAGCAUCUUUGCCGACACCGUGUCCAAGCUCAAGUCCUGCGCCGUCCAGGUGACUGCCACCGUCGAGGCCACCUCGACCGUCCCCUGCACCACCAGCACCGGUGUCCCCAUCCCGCCCAGCCAGUCUCUCACUUUUGCCGUCCCCGCCACCCCGACCCCUGCCUACCCCAAGGCCAACGGCACGGCCGUCGCCUGGCCGCCCGCCCCGACUGGCACCAAGCCCGCCAUCGUCACGGCGGGUGCCGCCCUGAACGGCGUCGCCAAGGCCGCCGUCGCCCUGAUGGCUGCCGCUUAUCUCCUGUAAUCGAAAGAUGGUGUUCUGCCCGCCGGGUAAGCCUCCAUCUGCGCCCCACAUCGGCUCGGGUACUGUAGCAAGACCCCCUCUCCUGCCGCCCUUCUCCCAUAAAUACUUUUUGAACCACCACGCACCUUUGUAUGUACUUCCACAGCCGCGUCCGCUUGAAAGAGAUGGCAUCCAUCCG